AUGGUGGCGAUGCGGCAGAAACAAAACGAUGGAAAGUUCUUCCAGACCACAAAGCGAGGAGAAAUUCAAGAGCUGAAGGAAGAACUUCAUGCCAAUGACAAGCAGAAGCAGAAAGAUGCUGUCAAGAAGGUCAUCGCCAAUAUGACGGUGGGCAAAGACGUCUCGGCGCUCUUUGCAGACGUGGUGAACUGCAUUCAGACGGACAAUGUGGAGCUGAAGAAACUGGUCUACUUGUAUGUGAUGAACUAUGCCAAAGCUCAGCCAGAACUUGCGAUCCUGGCCAUCAACACCUUCCGAAAAGACGCCACGGAUCCCAAUCCCCUGAUCCGUUCCCUCGCGGUGCGGACCAUGGGCUGCAUCCGCCUGGACCAGGUGACGGAAUACCUGCUGGAGCCUCUUCGAAGAUGUUGCCAGGACCAUGAUCCCUACGUCCGAAAGACUUCGGCCAUUUGCAUCCCCAAGGUCUAUGACAUCAAUCCCGAACUGGUGGAUGACCAGGGUUUCGUGGAUAUCCUCAAAGAUCUGCUGGGAGAUGGGAACCCCAUGGUGGUGGCCAAUGCUGUGGCCGGCUUGGCCGAGAUCUCACAGACCUGUGGGAAGGAUCUGCUCGAUUUGGAUCGGGGGAACAUCCCCAAACUGCUGGCAGCCUUGAAUGAGUGCAACGAGUGGGGCCAGGUCUUCAUUCUGGACGCCUUGGCCACCUAUGAACCCACCGGCCCCAACGAUGCGGAGAGCAUCAGCGAGCGUGUGACCGCGCGGCUGUCGCACGCCAACCCGGCGGUGGUGUUGACCGCCAUCAAGGUCAUCUUGAAGUGCAUGGAGCACACAGAGAACCCAGAGGUGCUACGGAUGUUGGCCAAAAAGCUGAAUCCGCCCCUAGUGACUCUGCUGAGUAGCGAGCCCGAGGUGCAGUACGUGGCGCUACGCAACAUCCGCUUGAUCGUGCAGCGACGCCCGGGGAUCUUGGCCUCGGACGUGAAGAUGUUCUUCUGCAAAUACAACGACCCCAUCUACGUGAAACUGGAGAAGGUCGACAUCAUGUGCAUGCUGGUCAGCGACAAAAACUUUGACCAAGUUCUCCUUGAACUCAAAGAGUACGCCUCGGGUGUGGACGUGGAGUUCGUGCGCAAGUCCGUGCGCUCCAUCGGCCGCGUGGCGGUGAAGCUGGAACGCGCCUGCGAGCGCGCCAUGAAUGUCUUGCUGGAACUUAUCGAGACCAAGGUGAACUAUGUGGUGCAGGAGUCUUGCGUUGUCGUGAAGGACAUUUUCCGAAAGUAUCCUUCCAGAUACGAGCAGGUGCUGAGCGCCUUGUGCGAAUCCAUGGAAGCCUUGGACGAACCCGAAGCCAAAGCCUCCAUGAUUUGGAUCCUAGGAGAAUACGCGGGACGCAUCGAUAAUGCCGAUGAGUUACUUGAGUCCUUCCUGGAAGCUGGGCACGGAGAUCGGCACGGAGAUCGGAUCGUGGAUACCUUCCAUGAUGAGCCUCUGUUGGUUCAGAUGCAGUUGCUAACAGCCAUUGUGAAACUUUUCUUGCAGAAGCCUUCCAGCACACAGGACAUGGUCUCCAAAGUGCUUCAAUGUGCCACCGAAGAGUCCACCAACCACGACUUGCGCGACCGAGGAUACAUCUACUGGCGCUUGCUGGCCACGAAUCCAGAGGCUACAAAGAGUCUCUUGGCGAAUGCCUGGUUCGUGGGGGCCUGCAGGAAUCUCUUGGAGAAGCUGUCCACCGAGCUGUCUUUGAUGAGUUCGGUGUAUCACAAGUAUGCUGACGAGUUUGUGACUCGUUUGACCCUGACCUCCUCGGGUCAAGAGCGUGGCGCAGAGGACGACGAGGAGGACGAUGGCAACCGCGCGGCGGAUCGACGCCGGGAAGUGCAGGAGGAGUUGGAACGUGGUCCUGGUGCAAGCAAUGGAACCAGCGGCGGCCUGGACUUACUGGACCUGGGUGGCGUGGGCGACGACUCGCCCUCGCAGCGCGGUGGUGUUUCGGUGUCCUCGGUGCAAAAGGUGCAGGUGCUGCCGUCCACGCAAGCGGGGCAACACGGGCAGCAGGGCUUCGCAGUGUCAGCGGCUUUUGCCAGACAGCGAGGCACGCCCACCCUGAUGAUGACUUUUAGCAACCACAGCUCCGGACCUCUGAGUGGUUUCGCCAUCCAGGUGAACAAGAACCCCUUCGGCUUCGCGCCCAAGGAGCAGUUGGUCUGUUCCGAAAUCCAGCCGGGCUCGUCCUCGGAGGCCGGCCAAACGGUUUGGGGUGAGGUCUCCGUGGCCAUGGCGCCACAACAGUUGCUGAGCAACACAGCGCCCAGCUCCCCACUGUUGCUGCAGGUGGCCAUCAAGACCUCGCUGGACAUCUUCUACUUCCACGUCCAAUUCGACCUCUCCGUGGUCCUGGUCGAGAAUGCGGCGCUGAGCCGCGACGACUUCACGCCCAUUUGGCAACGCGUGGGGGAGGCUGGCCAGAAAAUGGCCAUAAUUCCUAUGGAUCGACCGCUCGACUCCGAGAUGGUCAAGAGCCGAAUGGCGCAAGACAACAUUUGCUACGUGGCGCAGCGGCAGCUGGAAGAUGGCUCGGUGGCGUUGUACACCUCGGCCCAGACCAGCAACAACUGCUCCGUCUUGGCGGAAGUCACGGUGAGCCCCGGAAGCAGCAGUCUAAAGGUGGCCAUCAGAACAGAGACACAGAAAAACGAGCCCAGUGGCGCGGUGGCGCCGGGUGGAGUGGUCUCCCAAAAUAAGGCCAUUCCCGUGGUGGCAGAUGCGAUGGCCUUCAUCGUGGCUGUACCUAUUCAGCUCUGGGACAACACCGUCGGGAAGAACGGCACUGAAGCCAACGCCUCUGCAGUGGUUCAGGCCUGUUUAGAUGCCCUGGGCGAUGAUGAGACCCAGACACCUCCGGCAGAUUGCCUGGCCUGUGUGACACAGGUCUUGGCAAGCCUCUUGCACCGCCGGCAGCAGGUAGCGACGGCCAUUGGCACCGCCGGGUCUCAGGCGCUCUUGAAGAAGCUGCACGGAUGGUGUAUGGCCAGUAUCGAUUUCGAGAAAUCUGCCAAAGAGCGUGGUUAUCGUUUGCUGCAUGCAAGUGGCAGGGCUCCCGUCUCACCAGGCGUGGGCGAGCCCUUGUUGGCUCCAGCCAGUUGGUACACACCUGUGAUGGCCA